AGCGCUGGCGUUGCCUCCUCUUCUUUCCCACUCGACGGCUUUGCGCUCCCUUUGAUCAUGAGUUUCUCGCGCUCCAGCACCGUCUACACCAGCUCCAGCUCCUCCCGCCCGGGGGGUGUUUCCUCGGCCUCGGUGCAGCUCUCCCAGGGGCCCAGCUCGGCCAGCGUCUACGGCGGGGCCGGGGGCUCGGGCUCCCGCAUCUCGGUCUCCCGGGUCCGCCGCCUGGGCUCCAGCCAAAGCUUCGGGAGCGGAGGAGGCUUCGGGGGCGGCAGCGGUUAUGGGGGCUACAGCGGCAGCUUCUCCCUCUCGGGCUCCGGCGUGGUGCACAACGAGAAGGAGACCAUGCAGGACCUCAACGACCGCCUGGCCAGCUACCUGGAGAAGGUCCGCAGCCUGGAGGCCGACAACCGCAAGCUGGAGAUCCAGAUCCGCGAACACCUGGACAAGAAGGGGCCCAGCGCCCGCGACUGGAGCCACUACUUCGAACUCAUCGAGGACCUCCGGAACCAGAUCUUUGACCAGACAAUAGACAACUCUCGCAUUGUCCUGCAGAUCGAUAAUGCCCGGCUGGCUGCUGAUGAUUUCCGUGUCAAGUUCGAAGCUGAGCUGGCGAUCCGUCAAUCAGUGGAGAAUGACAUCAAUGGCCUCCGUAGAGUCAUUGAUGACACCAAUAUGAUGCGCCUACAGCUGGAGUCUGAGAUUGAGGCCCUCAAGGAAGAGCUGGUCUUUAUGAAGAAGAACCACCAAGAUGAGGUCAACAACUUGCAGGCUCAGAUUGCCAACUCUGGGCUGACAGUUGAAGUUGAUGCUCCCAAAACACAGGAUCUGGGCAAGAUAAUGGCUGAGAUUCGAGCACAGUAUGAUGUCCUGGCUCAGAAGAAUCUCGAGGAUUUGGACAAGUAUUGGAGCCAGCAGAUCACGGAGAGCACCGUCGUCAUCACCGAGCAUUCCAAAGACAUUGAGAAGGCCCGUGCCAACAUCACUGACCUGCGCCGCUCUGUCCAAACACAUGAAAUCGAACUGGAGUCUGCACGCAAUCUGAGAGCUAGUCUGGAGGCCAAUCUGCACGAAGUGGAAAUGCGUUAUGGCCUACAGAUGGAGCACCUCAAUGGGAUAAUACUGCGAACUGAAGCUGAUCUGGCACAAUUGCGAAAUGAUGUCCAGCGCCAAGCAGAGGAAUAUCAGAUUCUGCUCAACAUCAAAGACAAACUGGAGGCAGAGAUUACAACCUACAGGCACUUGCUUGAGGGCGGGGAAGAGCUGAGCCUGAAAGAUGCCUUACUGGAAAGCACCAUGCAAACCACCCAGAAGAUCCACUCCACCAAGAUUGUGGAUGGCAAAGUGGUGUCGGAGACAAGUGAAACCAGAGUCACAAAGAAGUGAAUGUGGCAGGAAACACCCCAGUGCAUCUGAGAUCACAAAUGUUUUGUGUUAGAGCUGAAGAAAAGUCUGGAAGGGGAAAUGGGGUUGGUCAUAUUAAUCAAUAAACGCAUUGCUAUAGA